AUGAUCGAGGCUAGUAAGAGUGGAAUAAGUAUCGCCCUAAUACAGGAACCAUAUGUGGGGGGAGUGGGGUACAUGAAGGACUACCGAGGUGCUCAAUUAUAUCAAUGCGCCCAAAGAUCAUCCGGAGUGGUGAAGACUGCAAUUGCCGUCUUCAACGACAACAUCAGCGACACACAGUAUCCUAAUCUCACCACUAACAAUCUCACGGUGGUUAAAAUUGGAAUGGGUGUCCGGGAGGUGGGAGUAAUAUCCCUGUAUCUCGAACCGGACAUACCCAUUGAACCAUACAUGGAUCAUCUAAGACAUGUACUUACAAAAAUUGGAAAAAUUGAAGUACUCAUAGGAGGGGACGUAAAGGCGUAG